UCUAUUAAAUCUGAUUUACUUGAAGUUGAUUUGAGAUUGAUUUAGGGAAAUGGGAUAUAGCUAUUUUGUUGUUUCAAUGAGUUAUCUCGAAUUUACAUGUUGAAAAUGAUUAGCUAGACAAUCCAUGUUAUUGAGUUUUUGGUGAGGGUUUUGGGUAGGGAAUCCUACCAUUUGUUACACGGGGUAUGUGCCACCUUCCCCUUCCAUUAACAACAGGAGGAUCAUGCUGCGACGACUUCAUCACAACUUGUGUGGUAGAACAAUGAUAUUUACCCGAAAGUAUAGUUCUAACAAAACAAUGGAAGUUAAACUCGAUCCACUGACAAGACUUUGUAAAAUUAUGAUGUCUUGCCCAAAAUUGGGCCUUGACACAGAGCUUGACCAAAGUGGGAUUAGGGUUUCACCGGAGAUGGUUGAGGAUGUCCUUAAGAGAUUUGACAAUGCUGGAAUGCUUGCACAUCGUUUCUUUGAAUGGGCUGGUAAGCAACAUAAUUAUGAGCAUAGUACUAGAGCCUACCACUCCAUGAUUGGUUCUCUCGCGAAGAUAAGGCAAUAUCAGAUGAUGUGGGAUCUUGUAAACGUGAUGAAAACCAAGGGAAUGCUUAAUAUUGAGACAUUUUGCAUAAUCAUGAGAAAAUAUUCUAGGGCUCAAAAGGUAGAGGAGACUGUAUACACUUUCCAUAUCAUGAACAAGUUCGAUGUGCCCCCCAACCUAGCCGCUUUUAACGGCUUAUUGAGUGCUCUAUGCAAAUCGAAAAAUGUGGGAAAAGCUCAGGAGAUUUUCGAUAGUAAGAAGAAUGAAUUUAUUCCUGAUUCAAAAACAUAUAGCAUAUUGAUUGAGGGGUGGGGAAGGGCUCCCAAUCUGCCUAAGGCAAGGGAAGUUUAUAGGGAAAUGAUUGAGGUGGGCUGUAAUCCGGACAUUGUGACUUAUGGGAUCAUGGUUGACAUACUUUGCAAGGCCGGCAGGGUUGAUGAGGCUGUUGAAAUUGUCAAGGAGAUGGAGUUCAGUGGUUGUAGGCCAACAUCCUUUAUUUAUAGUGUUUUAGUCCAUACAUAUGGGCUAGAAAACCGGAUUGAAGAUGCGAUAGAUACAUUCCUUGAAAUGGAAAAAAAUGGAGUUGAGGCUGAUGUAGCUGUAUAUAACUCACUAAUUAGUGCUUUCUGUAAGGUAAAUAAGUUUCAAAAUGUCUAUAGGGUUCUAAAUGACAUGCAAUUCAAGGGGGUGACUCCCAAUGCAAGGACCUGCAACAUUAUUCUCAGUGGCUUGAUUGCUCGAGGUGAGACUGAUGAUGCUUUUAAGGUUUUCCGCAGGAUGCUCAAAAUUUGUGAUCCUGAUGCAGACACGUAUACUAUGAUGAUAAAGAUGUUUAGUGAGAGGAAUGAGAUGAAUAUGGCUCGUAAAGUGUGGAAAUAUAUGAAACGCAAGCAAUUUGUUCCGAGCAUGCAUACUUUUUCUUCACUUAUCAAUGGAUUGUGCGAUGAUGCUGAUGCCCCUGGUGCAAGUGUGUUGAUGGAAGAGAUGAUAGAGAAAGGAAUGCGACCUGGUAGGAUGACAUUUGAAAAAUUAAGGAAACUACUUCUCAAGGAAGAGAGAGAAGAUGUACUUGAAUUCCUUCAGGAAAAACUAAAUCUUAUGGUCAGGGAGCCCUUGUCUGAUUAAGAAACCAUUUAGAUGAGGUAUUUCUGAUGAUUCGUGAUUAUAAUCUGCUGUUGUUGAAUCUGAUCUCUAGAGUCAGAAUAUCUAAGUGUCUUGUACUGUUUGAGCAACGGAUAAAGAUGUACAGGUCACAUAACAACUGAGCUUGCUAAGGACUUAACUUCAUCAGUGAGACUCAUUUGGAGCACUUUUUUACGUUGGGAAAUGAGGCCAGUCCUUGUUAGAUACUAGAGUUUGGAAAAGUUAGUUGCUUUCUGUUUUCUGUUAAUUAGUAAAGGAAACUUAAGCAAGUGAAAGAUGGUUGAUACAAGUGGGAAAAAAGCCAAGCAGCUUUACAAUCAAGGGUCCUCGAUCUGCAUACAUGAGCUGGUUUGGUGCCUCCUGGAAAGAACUAAUUGAAGAGGUGAAAGAAUGCUAAUGCUUCAUCUAAGGGGUUAUGUCAACUCUUUCCUCACAUCAAUCAGGAUUCAUGAUUCCCAUGCAAGCACCUUGAAAUGUAAGUCGACAAGAAGCAGCAUGAGCACAAGCAUCACUAGAUGCCCAGGUUUGAAAAUGAGCUAGCGCACGGACAUUCCAGAACGUUAGUUUGAGGGAUUCUUAGAUGGAGGAUCCAUUUUCUUUGUGCAGCAUUAACUUCUGUAUACUCAAAAGUUUUAGUUUUCAUUUUGAAGAACCAGAAAAAUUUCGAGUACCAAUGAAACCCAACAAAUCGUUCGAUACUCAAUGAAUAAUUGUGUAAGGUUUGUUA